UGCGUCUAUGCCACAUCUCCGCCUGUAUUUAGCUACCAUAUUAUGGGAGGGACUUGGAAUCAGGGCAAGUUUCACUUUCAGCUGCAGAAUAGGGAAGAGGUAGGACCCUAUAACUCUACAGCGGCUCUGUUCGUAUGACAGAGGGAGGAAAGAAAGCCAAGUAAGUUUUCACACCACAAGAAGCAGAAGUAACCACAAACUGAAUGUCCCUGAGCAUGGGCACUGAUAUGGAGAAAGAAUGCUUGCCGAGGAACUAGUGCUUAAACAAAGGACGAAGAUACUGCAUGCACUGUGCAGCAGUGGGUCAGCUGAGCAUCUGGAGAGGGUUCUGGAUAUACUGCUUGCCCAGGGGGCGCUCAUAUGGGAGGACUACCAGAACAUACAGGUACCAGGAAGAACACUGUAUACCAAUGCAAGACAGCUGCUUGAUCUGGUCUAUACAAAGGGUGUGGACACAUGUGGGCUCUUUCUACAUGCUCUCAAACUGGUUUUGCCUGAAGCACAGGCAGUGGGGCUCUCUUUCUCCGAAUCCUGCUCAAAUCUAGAAGAAAACGAUGAACGUCAGAGCACUUCUAAUCAAACUCUUCUGGCUCAACGACCGAGCCUUGUCCACAAGCUUCAGGGCUGUGUUGAUGGUGUUCUAGAAGCUCUGCUGGAUUCGGGUCACUUUUCUUCAGCUGAUUGUGAUGAAGUGCGGUUACCUAUAUAUACUCCCACCCAACAGAUCCAGGCAAGGUUUUUACCACUUGGUGCCUGUCUUUGUGCUAAGCUAAGCAAGGCAAGGCGUCUGCUUGACCAUGUUAGAUCCAGAGGUGAUUUAGCAGCAUCGGUUCUCCUGCAGUACAUUCACCAAAAACAAGAACCUGGAUUGCCACUUAACCAGAGGGAACUGACUCCUCCCAAAGAGUUUUUAAAGUACCAGAAGAAGCUGAGCAGCUCUGUGUCUGCUCAGGCCUGCUUUCUCAGCACUUAUGGGGGAACUAGCCAUAUGUCUCUUGAUGACAUUUACACUGACGGCGAGCUGGAACUAGCUGAAGUUAAUGCCCAUGGACCUUUGGGAUUGGAAGACAUCGUUGGUUUGGCGGGUAUAGUGAAUGAGGAGGCCGACACAGUGCUAGUAUCUGGGGAGGCAGGCAGUGGAAAAAGCACCCUUCUCCAGAGGCUGCACUUGCUUUGGGCUCGAGGGUUAGCCCUUCAAGACUUUCUCCUUCUAUUUCCAUUCAGCUGUCGUAGGUUGAAUUCAGAGCACAAUGAACUGUCAGUCCAGGAGUUGUUGUUUCAGCACUGCUGCUGGCCAGACCGGAAUCAAGAAGAAAUUUUCCAGUUCAUCUUGGACCACCCGCAUCAAAUCCUGUUCACUUUUGAUGGCCUGGAUGAGCUCAAGCAGAGCUUUACAGAUGAACACAGAGUUUGCUGCCCCACCCAGCGUGCACCUGUUCAUGUAUUAUUGUUCAACUUAAUCCAGGGUUCCCUCAUGAAGGGGGUGCAGAAAGUGGUCACUAGCCGUUCAGAAGCAGUGAGCCCAUUGUUAAAGAAGCACCUACGCAAAGAGGUUGUCCUGAAAGGGUUUUCCCCAGCUGGGAUUGACUGUUUUGUACGGAAACAUCACAGGGACCCCACUGUAGCCGCUAAGGUUUUAGAGUCAAUGCAGGCGAACACAGCUUUACUUGGACUCUGUCACAGUCCAGUUCUCUGCUGGAUAGUUUCACAGUGCCACAAGGAGCUGCUGGGCUGUGGAGAAGGCAGCCCCAAAACAAUUACAGAUGUUUACCUGAUGAUCUUACAGCACUUUCUCCAGCACCAAAGUCCUCUGAAGAGCACGAUGGGUUUAGGCUGGCUACAGGAGCACCUAAAAACAGUCCUUCUUCUUGGACAGCUUGCAUUUGAGGGGAUAAGAUCCACCUGUUAUAUUUUUUCAGGUACAGACCUUGAAGCAUGUGGUGUAACUGAAAAGGAUAUCUGCAUGGUUUUUCUCAUAAAAAGCAAAGAUAUGUCCUCUACCCACUCCAAGUGCUAUGAAUUCAGUCAUGUGACAUUGCAAUGUUUCUUUGCUGCUCUCUUCAUUGUUUUGUCAAGUAACACUAACCGUUCAGUUAUCCCAAAGCUCUUUGAGCUAGAGAACAUGAGGGAGACAGGUCUGACCCGUGUCUGCUUUGGAGCCUGCUUGCCUUCCAGUGAUCAACAACAGCAAGCUUCAGAGAAGGAAAGUAAAGCAGCAGAGACACCAAAUCUGCAAAUCACAGCCAUGUUUGUGUCUGGACUAUUGUCCCAGCGCCAUCAAAAUCUGUGGCUCCACUGCUGCCCCAGCGCUGCGGUGGAAAAAAAGGCCAGACAGGUGGCAAAAUGCCUUUCCAAAGGCAUUCAGAAACACUUUAGGUCCAUUCCCCAACCUGUACAAGGGGAAAAGAAGAGCAUGCAUGCAAUGCCCGACUUUGUGUGGCUUAUAAAAUGCCUCUAUGAGAUGCAGGAGAGUCAGAUAGCUAAAGAUGCUAUGAGCAAGUUGGAGGUGGACCAUCUGAAAUUGACAUACUGUAAUAUCGGACCUGUAGAGUGCACUGCGCUUGCUUAUGUGCUCCAGCACUUAAGAAAUCCUGUAGGCCUCCAGCUGGACAACAACUCUGUGGGUGAUGUUGGAGUGGAACAGCUUCUCCCCUGCAUGCACAUUUGCAAUUCCCUUUACCUCAGAAAUAACAACAUUACAGAUGAGGGCAUCCGCAAACUGAUUGCUAAAGUCAUCCAGUGUGACAGCUUUCAGAAAAUUGCGCUCUUCAACAACAAAUUAACUGAUGCUUGCAUGCAGGAUUUUUCUUAUUUAUUGAAGACCAAGCAGGUCUUCAUUUCUUUAAGGCUAGGCAACAAUAACAUAACAGCAGAAGGAGCAAAGCAGCUGGCAGAGGGACUGAAAGUCAAUCAAACCUUGGCGUACUUAGGGUUAUGGGGCAAUAGGAUAGGUGAUGCAGGAACUGAGGCCCUUGCUAGUAGUCUUGAGAAAAGCAACUCUCUGGUGUGGCUAAGCCUGGUAGGCAAUGGUGUAGGGAGUGCAGGAGCAUGUGCCCUCGCUAAUCUCAUCAGGAAGAGCACAUCACUGCAGGAACUUUGGUUGACAGAAAACUGCAUAACCAGAACAGGGGUUGAAUGUCUGAUUCAAGCCCUUAAACACAAUACAUAUGUGACAUCGGUAUGGUUAAGAAACAAUGAUCUCAGUUUGGAGGAUGUAGAAGAAAUGAAGCAACUGGAAUCAAGACUGAUCUUCUGAUUUGUAUUACAGUGGCAAAGGACUUUACUUUGCAAGAAAAUGUAUUUUAUUUAUUACAGGAAUAGUUUCUAUUUUUAUUUGAGAUUUAAAAUAUGUGUAAUAGGGUUUAAAAAAAUUUGGAUCAGUGUUUUUUCAAGGUUGCAAAAUACAUACACCUCUUUAUUGGGUUUUUAUAGGUGGAAGUGGUGUGGCAUUGCUUUAUACCAUAACAAAUACUACCUUUUACAUCACCAACACAACUUCUACUACUCAUAGUAACAGCAGAAGUGUUAUUUUUAUUUUUUGUUUCUUUAUUUUAUUUUGUAGUUGUUAGUGGAAAGAGGUGUGAAAUUUUACUACAGAAUGUAAGACUGUAUAGUCUGUGGUUACCGUUAUGGAAGAGUUGUAACACCUUCAUAUCCUUCAGUCAGAAACAGCUACACAUGUCCAGUUACAUUGUCUUAAGGUUACAAAAAAUGUUACAUUUGAAGUUUGCAUAGAAGGGCAGAGGCAAAUAUGCUGUUUUGGAGUGGGAAAAAAAGAAAAACAAUUUUCUGUAUCAGAUCAGAUGUAUGUUUUUACUGUACUGAUACAGAAAACUGUCUGGGACAUUUACAAAGAGUAUUCUUACAGUCCUUGUUGUGCAAGUUAAAAGGAGAAAUUACUGACAUGACAAGUUUCAAUUUUUGUUUAUUAAAACUUAUCACAGCAGAAAAGUUUAUAGAGCACAUUUUGUUGGAUGUUUUUUUUCUGGUUGUUUGUUGUAGGAAUGAGUUUACAACUCUGUGGAAUGUUUGGUGGAAAUUGGGUGUAUUCUGUUUUACACUAUAUACUAUAUUUAUGCUGUCUAUGUUACCUGUUUUUGUCAUGUGUGUAAACUGGUUUCUAUUUUCUGUCUUUUAAUAUAAUGCUCAUUAAGCAGAUAUGUAAUUAAAAAAACAUCCUAUAAAAAGAUAAUUCCCAUUCUGUUAAUCCUG